CUCCCACACAGCGGCGGCGGCGGCAGCGGCGGUUCCUUUGUCCCCCCCAGAAGGAGACCCCGGGCCGCCCGCUCGCUCGCUCCCCCCCCGGCGGGGAUGGACCCCGCGAGCGGCUCCUCCAGGGACGGGCACGCACUGAAUUAAAAACUGGUAAUCCUGAGACCUCAAUCCCUCCUCCAUCACCACAUGGGCUCUGGGCUGUGAGAUAUCAGAGACCUCAAUGUCCACAGGAUACUACUUUGAGAAAUUCCAUUGAAGAUGUCCACUCCAGAUCCUCCAAUGGCAGGAACUCCUCGCCCAGGGCCUUCUCCUGGACCCGGCCCAUCACCUGGUGCAAUGUUGGGCCCCAGUCCUGGACCCUCGCCUGGCUCUGCACAUAGUAUGAUGGGACCCAGCCCUGGACCACCUUCAGCAGGACACGCUAUCCCACCUCAGGGGUCUGGGGGCUAUGCUCAGGACAAUAUGCAUCAGAUGCACAAGCCAAUGGAUUCCAUGCAUGAGAAGGGAAUAUCUGAUGACCCUCGGUACGGCCAGAUGAAGGGGAUGGGAAUGAGGCCAGGUGGGCACACAGGAAUGGGUCCUCCUCCAAGCCCAAUGGAUCAGCAUUCUCAAGGUUACCCUUCUCCGCUCGGUGGUUCUGAGCAUGCCUCAAGCCCAGUUCCAGCUAAUGGUCCAUCCUCUGGCUCGCAAAUGUCCUCCGGUCCUGGCGGAGUCCCAUUGGACGGUACUGACCCACAGGCAUUAGGACAACAGAACCGGGGCCCAACCCCUUUUAACCAGAACCAGCUGCACCAAUUAAGAGCUCAGAUCAUGGCCUAUAAGAUGCUUGCCAGAGGGCAGCCUUUACCUGACCAUCUUCAGAUGGCAGUGCAGGGAAAGAGACCAAUGCCUGGAAUGCAGCAGCAAAUGCCGACGCUACCUCCACCCUCUGUAUCUGGGACAGGGCCAGUGCAAGGAGCAGGGCCUGGGCCUGGACCAGGACCAACACCUCCAAAUUACAACAGACCUCAUGGUAUAGGAGGGCCUAACAUGCCGCCUCCUGGACCCUCAGGAGUUCCCCCAGGAAUGCCUGGGCAGCCCCCUGGUGCACCCCCAAAGCCCUGGCCUGAAGGACCAAUGGCAAAUGCUGCAGCCCCCACUAGCACACCUCAGAAACUGAUUCCUCCUCAGCCAACUGGCCGUCCUUCACCAGCACCCCCAGCGGUACCUCCUGCAGCAUCUCCUGUAAUGCCACCCCAAACUCAGUCACCCGGGCAGCCAGCCCAGCCUGCCCCCAUGGUGCAGCUCCAUCAGAAGCAGAAUCGUAUCACGCCGAUCCAGAAGCCAAGAGGACUUGACCCAGUGGAAAUCCUUCAGGAGAGGGAAUACAGAUUGCAGGCUCGCAUUGCUCACAGAAUCCAAGAGCUAGAAAACCUGCCUGGGUCCCUGGCUGGUGACCUGAGAACCAAAGCUACCAUUGAACUGAAAGCACUAAGACUGCUUAACUUCCAGAGACAGCUGCGUCAGGAAGUCGUGGUGUGCAUGAGACGAGACACUGCCCUGGAAACGGCACUGAAUGCCAAGGCAUACAAACGCAGCAAGCGGCAGUCCCUGCGCGAGGCUCGCAUCACGGAGAAACUGGAGAAACAACAGAAGAUCGAGCAAGAACGGAAACGCAGACAAAAGCACCAGGAAUACCUCAAUAGCAUUCUCCAGCAUGCCAAGGAUUUCAAAGAAUACCAUCGAUCCGUCACGGGCAAAAUUCAAAAGCUUACAAAAGCUGUGGCCACUUACCAUGCUAACACUGAGCGUGAGCAGAAGAAAGAGAAUGAGAGGAUCGAGAAAGAGCGAAUGCGCAGGUUGAUGGCUGAGGAUGAAGAAGGGUAUCGUAAGCUUAUCGAUCAGAAGAAAGAUAAGCGCUUGGCAUAUCUACUCCAGCAGACAGACGAGUAUGUGGCCAACCUGACCGAGCUGGUGCGACAGCACAAGGCCGCACAGGUGGCAAAGGAGAAAAAGAAGAAAAAGAAAAAGAAGAAGGCAGAGAAUGCAGAAGGGCAAACUCCUGCAAUUGGACCAGAUGGCGAACCUCUGGAUGAGACCAGCCAAAUGAGUGAUCUCCCUGUGAAAGUGAUCCAUGUGGAAAGCGGUAAAAUCCUUACUGGCACAGAUGCUCCAAAGGCUGGACAGCUGGACACGUGGUUGGAAAUGAACCCAGGAUAUGAAGUAGCUCCCAGAUCUGACAGUGAAGAAAGUGGGUCAGAGGAGGAGGAAGAGGAGGAGGAAGAGGAGCAGCCGCAACCUGCCCAGCCUGCCCUGCCUGUGGAGGAAAAGAAGAAGAUCCCAGAUCCAGACAGUGAUGAUGUGUCAGAAGUCGACGCCAGGCACAUUAUUGAAAAUGCUAAGCAAGAUGUUGAUGAUGAGUAUGGGGUCUCCCAAGCUCUGGCGAGGGGAUUACAAUCUUACUACGCUGUGGCCCACGCGGUCACUGAACGAGUGGACAAACAGUCCACGCUCAUGGUCAAUGGCGUCCUCAAACAAUACCAGAUUAAAGGCUUGGAGUGGCUCGUCUCUUUGUACAAUAAUAACCUGAAUGGUAUCCUGGCGGAUGAGAUGGGUCUGGGCAAAACGAUCCAGACCAUCGCUUUAAUCACAUACCUCAUGGAGCACAAGCGUAUCAAUGGACCCUUCCUCAUUAUCGUACCUCUCUCAACGUUGUCAAACUGGGCAUAUGAAUUUGAUAAAUGGGCUCCUUCUGUGGUGAAGGUCUCAUACAAGGGCUCUCCAGCAGCAAGACGGGCAUUUGUACCUCAGCUUCGAAGUGGGAAAUUUAAUGUCUUGCUCACAACCUACGAGUACAUCAUCAAAGAUAAGCACAUUCUUGCCAAGAUUCGCUGGAAGUACAUGAUAGUUGAUGAAGGUCACAGAAUGAAGAAUCACCACUGUAAGCUAACCCAAGUCCUCAACACACACUACGUAGCGCCGCGUCGUUUGCUGCUGACAGGAACUCCACUACAGAAUAAGCUGCCAGAGCUGUGGGCUCUACUCAAUUUCCUCCUUCCUACCAUCUUCAAGAGCUGUAGCACAUUUGAGCAGUGGUUUAAUGCUCCCUUUGCCAUGACCGGAGAGAAGGUGGAUUUGAAUGAAGAAGAAACUAUUCUGAUUAUCCGUCGUUUGCACAAAGUGCUGCGUCCCUUCCUGCUCAGACGGUUAAAGAAGGAGGUAGAAGCACAACUGCCUGAAAAGGUGGAGUAUGUGAUCAAGUGUGACAUGUCAGCAUUACAGAGGGUGCUGUAUAGACACAUGCAGGCCAAGGGCGUGCUGCUCACCGAUGGCUCGGAGAAGGAUAAAAAGGGCAAAGGUGGUACAAAAACCCUGAUGAACACCAUCAUGCAGCUGAGGAAGAUCUGUAACCAUCCGUACAUGUUUCAGCACAUAGAGGAAUCCUUUUCAGAGCACUUAGGUUUCACUGGAGGUAUUGUACAGGGACUAGACCUGUACCGAGCAUCUGGCAAAUUCGAGCUCCUGGACCGGAUUCUUCCCAAACUACGAGCCACCAACCACAAGGUGCUGCUGUUCUGCCAGAUGACCUCGCUCAUGACCAUCAUGGAAGACUACUUUGCAUACCGCGGCUUCAAAUACCUCCGGCUGGACGGAACCACUAAAGCUGAAGACCGCGGCAUGCUGCUGAAGACCUUCAACGAGCCCGGCUCUGAAUAUUUCAUUUUCCUGCUGAGCACUCGAGCCGGAGGGCUGGGACUGAACUUACAGUCUGCAGAUACUGUGAUUAUUUUUGACAGUGACUGGAAUCCGCACCAGGAUUUGCAGGCCCAGGACCGAGCGCAUCGUAUUGGGCAGCAGAACGAGGUGCGUGUGCUCCGCCUCUGCACCGUGAACAGCGUGGAGGAGAAGAUCCUGGCUGCAGCCAAGUACAAGCUAAACGUUGAUCAGAAGGUCAUCCAGGCCGGCAUGUUCGACCAGAAAUCCUCCAGCCACGAGCGGAGGGCUUUCCUCCAGGCUAUCCUAGAGCACGAGGAGCAGGAUGAGAACAGAUACAGCACGGGCAGCGGCAGUGGCAGUGCAAGUUUCCCCCACACUGCCUCAACCCUGUGCCUGAACCCUGACUUGGAGGAGCCACCUCUAAAGGAAGAAGAUGAAGUUCCCGACGAUGAAACGGUCAACCAGAUGAUUGCCCGUCAUGAAGAGGAAUUUGACCUUUUUAUGCGCAUGGACCUGGACCGCAGGCGGGAGGAAGCACGCAAUCCAAAGCGAAAGCCACGUCUAAUGGAAGAGGACGAGCUGCCGUCCUGGAUUAUUAAGGAUGAUGCUGAGGUGGAGAGGCUCACCUGUGAGGAGGAGGAGGAGAAGAUGUUUGGGCGAGGGUCACGUCACCGUAAGGAGGUGGACUACAGUGACUCGCUUACCGAGAAACAGUGGCUCAAGGUAUACAUGGCUAUAGAGGAGGGCACGCUGGAGGAGAUCGAGGAGGAGGUUCGUCAGAAGAAAUCUUCCCGCAAACGCAAGCGAGAUGUUGACGUUGGCUCUGCCACCCCGACUACCAGCACCCGCAGCCGGGACAAAGACGAUGAUAGCAAAAAGCAGAAAAAGCGUGGCAGGCCUCCCGCCGAAAAGCUCUCCCCAAACCCCCCCAACCUCACCAAAAAAAUGAAGAAGAUCGUGGAUGCUGUGAUUAAAUACAAGGACAGUAGUAGUGGACGCCAGCUUAGCGAAGUCUUCAUCCAGCUGCCUUCUCGCAAAGAGCUCCCGGAGUACUACGAGCUCAUCCGCAAGCCAGUGGAUUUCAAAAAAAUAAAGGAACGCAUCCGCAACCACAAGUACCGCAGCCUGAAUGACCUGGAGAAGGACGUCAUGCUGCUGUGUCAGAACGCACAAACCUUUAAUCUGGAAGGCUCUCUGAUCUACGAAGACUCGAUAGUGCUGCAAUCCGUCUUCACCAGCGUGAGGCAGAAAAUUGAGAAAGAGGAAGACAGUGAAGGUGAGGAGAGUGAGGAGGAGGAGGAAGGAGAAGAGGAAGGAUCUGAAUCAGAGUCUCGCUCCGUCAAGGUGAGGAUCAAACUGGGCAGAAAGGAGAAAGCACAAGACCGGCUGAAGGGUCGCAGGCGAACCAGCCGUGGCUCCCGGGCCAAGCCAGUGGUUAGUGACGACGAUAGCGAAGAGGAGCAGGAAGAGGAUCGCUCAGGAAGUGGCACUGAAGAUGAUUAAGCAACAUUCCAUGGUCCAGACCACCAGAGCCGAUCUUUCCAAAGCGGACACGCCGUAUCGCUUUAGCUCUAACGGGUAGCAACAAAUGUAGUAUCAGACUUCAGUAAACUGUAUAAAACUCUUCCAUAUUUAUACUGCAGAGAAGAUGUAGGACUGUUUGUGUCUUGCCUUGUCCUGACAUCAGUAGCGUUUGUUACAGCAUUAACUGUUUAAGAGAAUUAUGAAUCGGGGAACACUUGAUAUCUAUUUUUUCUUUUUAUGGCAGUACUGUUUCAGUUGCAGUAUUGAAUCACUGUAGUUUUAAACUGUGGAUGCAUGUGUGUAGCACUCCACUCCUAGUACUGUAUUUUAUUAAACCGGUCAACCCGCCAGCUGCCCGCCAGUUGACAAGGGUGGCGGCGGUGACUGUGUGUGUCAAUGUCACUGGAUUUCAAACAGUAAUAAAUUAAACAGAACGUUA